AUGCCACGAAGCCAAUCGUACGCUCAGGCGGCGGGAGCAGGAUACCGGGGCACCUCUGCUCCGAUAGCUCCAUAUGCCUUCUCAAGCACACCUCAGCUACGACAGGAUACCCGGUCGACGUCGGGACAGCACCAGCAGGCUCUGCCACAGCAGACUCAGGCUGCAAAUCCUGCCCGUCUGGGCCAUCCUACACAUGCAUCCUCAUCUUCGGACUCAACCGUGUCCACGUCGGGUUCCUCAAGCCGCUCGCUUGCAGCUCCUUCGUUCACUACUCGGGAAGAUGGCGAUUUCAGAAAGUCGGUCAUUGAUAACCUUCCUGCCUCGAUAGGUCUUUCCGCGUCCGUGCCCGAUCUCUCAUUAUCCCUUCCGGAUGCUCCAGUAAAGCCUUCGCCCGGUCGCUAUCGUCGAGGUGCGAGCAGGACCGAUUCUUCUAAUAGUGCUACGGUCACUACACCGACACAACAAUCGCCCUCACUUGGUGCAACGGUCCCGCCAUCAAAUACGCGACCUUCCCUUGGCCUUCAAUUGAACACCACGGACCUCCUGCCUCCCGCAAGACCAGGUCACAAUCGCGCCAGCAGCGUCGAUGACAUGCACAUGCCAAGAGGAGGCACCAGCGAGCAGGCCAAGCGUUAUAGGAGACGCAGCUUGAGCAGCAUCGAGGCUAUGGCAACUACCGCAGCACCUCUCUCUGCACCCGUGACGGCUAUCACAACCGUCGCUACAUCGAAGCGGCCGACUUUGGAGACACCGCCUGCUUCCAGCUCAAGUCGUCGACCGGGUUCGAGUCAGAGCCACGAGAGACAGGGUAGUUCGGGUAGCACGACAUCUUCCCAUGCGUCUACCAGACCAUCUUCGCGCCACGAGUCUACCCCUUCUCGCGCCGCCGUGGGUACGACGUCAGCGCCUGCUUCCAAGACGCCAGAGCCGAAUCGACGCAUUGCACCUUCUCCGCUGUCCCAACCCAUCUCGCCUUCUGAGCCUUCGAAUCCUGCACCUCAAACCUCAUCUGUAAGCCCGGCGGUCAAGCAACUCACGGCUCUGAACGAUAAAGAUGGAAGCAAGGGGAUGAAAUCUCGCUUACGCCGAGCCUUUUCGUUUGGGAGCGCCGCUGAGCUUCGUCGCGCAUCUGCCGAGAAUAAUCUGAGCGCUGAACGGGCGAAACUGAGAAAAGAUCGGUACCAAAACGAAGAGGAUUCAGAACAAGCGGCCAUUAUAGCAAAGCAAGAGGCAGCCGGCAUUGGCGCAGGCAUAUACAACGGACAGGGCGGCUUCACAAGCUCGACUGAUAACAUUUCGAUAUCCUCCACAGCUUCGUCGGCCUCCGUGAUGUUGAGGAAGAUGGGCCAUGGCAUGAAGAAGGGCACCAGGUCGAUCAAGGGUUUGUUUAGGCCCAAAUCAGUCAUUGGGGUCCCCGCAGCCGAUGGUCCCGUCAUGCAGCCACAGGUUUCGCGUGUCACCGUCGAAGCUGAGCGUCAAAAGGUCAAUGUGAACGCGAACCCGCACGAAAUUGGUGGCGGGACAGGGUAUCCUCGUCUGGAGCGCAAUUCUAUCGACGCUGGUCGAAGCACAGAUACCAGCAGCUUGGGUGCACCCUCUAGUGAUUCCUUGUCUCGUAAGAGCAUCAUUGGUGGGGAUCGCGAGCGUGCUGAGGUACUCUCUUCCAUCAAGAAGGGGAUCUUAAAACGAACGGACACAAAUUCGGAGACUUCGUCUCCGGUCUCUCGGCCUGUCGAUGCUCGCACAGAGUCGCCCAAGUCCAGUGCUCCAAGCACACCCGUGAACGAGCGGAACGAUUAUUUUACGCGACCUCCACGUCUCGCGAACCCCAGUACCCGAAGCUUGCCUAACACGCCCAACGGGUCGCGUGGUAAUAUCUCGUUCAGCCCUCGCCUCCAGUUCUACGACGCAUGGUCUGCUUCUGACUACGACCGCCGUGGAGACAUUGCUACGUGCAAUAGGCUCACUCCUAUGCUCGCGCAGCAGAUCAAGGAAGAGCUGAACUCCUUCAAGAUGGAGAUGGAAGUUCACGAGCUCUCCAAACCUCACACCCAUUUCUUCUAA